UUCGCGACCAUACAAACACACCCUUGUAACCAAAGAGCAGAAAAGGUUUUCGAGUCGGUGAAGUUUACUCUCAUUUUAUCCCUUUUUUUAUAUAUUUUCUUCAUCAAAACCCUAUUUUUUUCUCAUCAUUGACUGUUACACUACAAAUUAUUGCUCAAUUACAGCCUUUCGGUUAUGUUCUUGCUCGAUAGUGUCCUGAAAAUGUGAAUGACCGGACUUCUUCAGUUCUUCUACAAUUUACGCAAUUCUUUGUAGUGUAACAACCUCUACAUCAGAAAUGAUUUCCGAUAAGGUCGAUAUACCAACAACUCUAGACGAGUCAUCACCUAAACCCCAACCUUUCGAUGUCAAAUUUCUCGGAAUGUCUCUUACUAAAAUCGUUCCGUGGGCCAUCAACACCGAGAAAAUCAGAAUGCCAACUUUCUUAAACAAAAAGCUAAAGAAACACGCGCAACGGUCUCGAUCAAGUAAUGGUUCUGAACCGGGUUUAGGUUACGCUACGGUUCGGUUCAGGCCGUAUGUGUGUAAGGUUCCGUGGCAUACGGGCCCACGGGCGUUUCUUUCGCAGUUGUUUCCAAGAUACGGGCAUUACUGUGGACCGAAUUGGUCGAGUGGGAAAGAUGGUGGGUCGUUACUUUGGGAUAAACGGCCGAUUGAUUGGCUGGAUUAUUGUUGUUAUUGUCAUGACAUGGGUUAUGAUACUCAUGAUCAAGCCGAACUGUUGAAGGCUGAUUUGGCAUUUCUUGAGUGUUUGGAGAGGCCCCACAUGGCUACGAAAGGGGAUGUUCGGGUUGCUCAUCUUUAUAAGACGAUGUGCAUAUCAGGUUUGAGAAGUAUAUUGAUACCGUACAGACAACAUUUGGUGAAACUAAAGUCGGGUCAACUGUAUCUUGGGUUUGGAUGGCUCAGCAAUAUGAAGUGGAAAGGAUGGAAUGCUCAAAAGUAGACCAGGUUUGAGUUGAUCUACUUUCUUAGAUUUGUAUAUACACAAUAUGCGUGUAUAGGUAAUAUGCAAGUAGAUUUUGUGAUUAAAAUGGUACUCUUAUUUGUUUUCGGUUGCUAUUUUAAUACUCAGUAACUUGUUCUUAAAACAUGUCUGUUUAUAGUGUCAGUUGUCUGUAAUUGUUUUUUUUUUCCUUAAUUGUAUCAUUUUCUUGCAUAUAGAGGUGGCAACCGGGGAAUUGCAACCCAUUUAAAUUG